GAUGAAUGGCGCUCACUCUCCGCGGGGAAUGAUUUGAUCUGAAGGCUGCGGAGAGUCAGCGGUGCUCUAUGAAAGUCAUGGCCGCUCAGUGUGAACCCUUAAGCGGAUACUUACAGCAGUCUGAUCCGGGCUCCAACAGCGAGCGCAGCGCUGAUUCCCCUCUGCCCGUGUCUGAGGAUGACUCCAGCGGACCCACUGCACCUCCGGACCCCGAGUGGACCGAGGAGAGGUUUCGAGUGGACCGGAAAAAACUGGAGAUCAUGUUAUUAGCUGCCACGGAGGGGCGAGUCAACGGAGGUGAGGACUUCUUUCAAAAGGUCAUGGAGGAGACAGAUACUCAGAUUGCAUGGCCUUCCAAGCUAAAGAUCGGUGCCAAGUCAAAGAAAGAUCCACAUAUCAAAGUUAGUGGUAAGAGGGACAAUGUGAAGGAAGCCAAGGAGAAGAUCAUGUCUGUUCUGGACACUAAGAGCAAUCGCGUGACUCUAAAGAUGGACGUCUCACAUACCGAGCAUUCACAUGUCAUCGGCAAAGGGGGGAACAAUAUCAAGAAGGUGAUGGAGGACACGGGCUGUCACAUCCACUUCCCCGACUCCAACCGCAACAACCAGGCUGAGAAGAGCAACCAGGUGUCCAUAGCUGGCCAGCCCGGAGGAGUGGAGGCCGCCAGAGCCCGAAUUCGGGAGCUGCUCCCGCUGGUGUUGAUGUUCGAGCUGCCAGUCAUAGUGCAGCUGAACCCUGACCCCAGCUCUCCUGCCAUCCAGCACAUCUCCCAGACAUACAACAUCUCUGUGGCCUUCAAACAGAGGUCCAGACUCUAUGGAGCGACAGGAGUGGUGCGGGGCUCACAGAAUAAUGCUGCGGCCGUGAAGUUUUUUGUUUUCCUUGUUUUACCCGCGGCUAUGGAAAUUGCUGCUCGCUUCUCCGCCCUAGCUCGCCUCGAUCUCCCCUUCUACGAGUACGCCAGGGAGUUCUGCAAGCUCGCCGCGGUGACGGCAUUUGAGGACGCCGUCCUUAAUCAGCUGUUCUG